AUGCGUCACCACAUGGCGAGCGGUGCCCUCACGGCAGGGAUCGCCGAGGAGAGCUCGAGCGACGCGGUUGCGCAGACGCGGGGGGCCUCUGGCGGCACCGGCGUGGUCCUCCCCGCCCGACGCGGCGCUCGCGAGCCGGGCGAAGGGGCCGUGCCCGUCGUCCGCUGGAGCCUUCUGCAGGCCUCGAGGGGCGCGAAGAGGACGACCCUCUGCAGCAGCGCCCGCAGCGCCGUGGUGGGCCCGCGGUGGCCCGUGGCCCACCGCGCCAUCGCGGGCCCCGCCGCUCUGCGCGCCCGCGCGCUGCCCGCGGAGCCGCGAGGCCGCGAGGCCGAGGGCACCGCGCCUGGCACCGUCCGCCCUCGGCGGGGCCUCUUCUCGGAGCGGGCGCCGGCCCCCGACCCUCUCGGGCUUGCCAGCCCCCUCCUCGCCUGGGUCGCGACGUUCGCUGCGGCGGAGGUGCUGGCCAGCUCGCCGCUCACGGGCCGCGUUUUCCUGGACGGGUCGGCGACGUCGGGCAGCCGCGACGAUCUGGCUGGCGCAGGCCAGUCGGCAUUGACCACGGAUCGCUGCAACGACAUCGCUUCGUGCAUCUCUGGCGUAGAUCCCUGGACCGUCCCCCAGGACAGCGGCAGCGGAGAGCUGCUGGCGGCCACCGAGGCGCUGCGGCACUCCUUGGGGCCUGUGGUCUUGCGCACGGACUCGCACAUGGUGUUCGACGGCUGGCACGCGGGGCGCCGACGGCUGGAGUUCUGGGAGCUGGAGGACGACAUCGGAGCUCACAACGUCCAGGGGCCAGUACGGAUUGGCAGCGCCAUCUGGCACGCCGACGCCUUGACGAAGCUGGCGGUGGCCAGGCACCCCCGCGCUGCGGUCUUCCUGUUUGAGACGGCGGAGAAGAUCGCCAAGCGGGCGCGGGUGGUGGCCAGGUGGAUCGGCACCGCGUGCCAGCUGGUCUCCUCGCUGCUGCAGGCGCCUGACGGCUACGGCGCACCUGAGGAGGUGCUGGCAGCCAUCACGUGCACAGUGCACAACUGCCACAACCUGGCUGCUGACGACUGCCAGGUCGCUGGGCCGUCAUGUCGCGGGCGCGUCUGUGAGGUCCAAGUCACGGCGUUCGAGGUGGACGACGGGGUGGUCUAA